CAUCUUUGCGGAUUCAACGACUGUCGUUGUCUCGUAAACUACAACAUCCAUCGGGCACCGAUGGAUGACAACAGGUUCUACUACCCUUUAAUAUUUUGUAUUUAACAGUAAAGUAAACAUCUUUCUGUUCGUUCUUGAGAUAGUAUCUAUAAAGUCAGGAACAAGUUUGUGGAGUUAGCUAGCUAACGUUUCUAAAAAUCCACCAACUCUGAAGAAAGCACGAAAUCAACGGUUUCCAUGGCGAGCGAUUAAGCUUCCCUAACGUUAUAACGUUAGUAGUUACUUGUAGCUGCAGGCGCUUGUGGAUUUGCACAUGCUAUCUCACAAGGCUAGAUAGCUAACCAACUGAUAAUGUCAUCUGUAUCUCAAAAUGCCAUACCUAAAGAUAGUGAUUUAUCGAUCCAUAAAUCGUCUGAAUUUUUUGAUGAUGGAUUAUUGCACGAUAUUCCAACAACAACAAGUACAAAUGACACCAGUACUGUCCCUAAAAGGUACAAGAAUCUGGAAGAGUUGAGUGAGGAGCUCAACAGACGAACCAAGGAGACCCAAAUGCUGCAAGAAGAGGUGGAACAUGCAACUAAAAUUACCAUGGAGAAAAUGGAACGCACAUUUCCCAGCAGCUCACCCUCACAAAUAAAUCACUUUCCCAUUUUUAUGGAUGGUUCAUCGGAGGAGAACUCAGAAGUGCUGUCUCCAUACCGACCGUCUUUGAUCCAGCCUCUUACAUAUGACCAUGAUGGCCUGGAUCUGAUGGUGGUCAGAAGUGGUGUAACCUUCCCCGGGAAAGAUGUUUUGGAAAAUGUAAUAGAGGACUACUCUCAGCAGGUGUCGGAGCUCCAAAAGCAACUGAGUGAGAUGUGUGCUUUUCAUGAACAGCAGAAGUUCAAAUUGCGUCAGUCCAUCAUCAAGCUGCAGACAAAGUCACAGGUCCAGACUGAGAAAGAUGCCCUGACUGAUCUCAGAAUGAAAGAGAGCAGAAAACAGGCAGAUGUAAUGGGGAAAAUGCAUGCAAUAAUCAGAGCGCUGCAAAUCAAUAAACAGACAGGGGACCAGAGGCUACUGGAGGCUGAGGAGGAAGCAAAGUCACAAAGCAGUAAAGCAGAGUCAAUGGAGCGUACACUACAGGAGGUUCACUCCACACUGUUGGCUUAUGAGAAACGGUGUAGAAACUAUUUGUACUCCAGCCAUGACGCACUGGGAGUUGCGGUGCAGAAAGUAUUACAGGACUUGGAGCAUGAGAAUCACAAUCUGAGAGAAAGAUUCCUGCUGGUGGAAGAGCAGAUGGAGACUCAAGAACAGAAAUGCCAGGAUAAAGCAGAGAUACGGUUGAAGGAGCAAAGGGAAAGACUGGAGCAGCUUAUUACCAGUCAUGACCAGGAGGUGGCGAUAUUGACUGAGAAAUUGAGCAGCUCCAGAAGCAGUGCCUCCAGUUUGUCUGUCCAGGUGGAAUUGCUACAAAAACAAGGUGAGAGUCAGGCUUCAGUGCACCAGUGUCAGGUCAAGGACUUGGAGUCAGCUUUCUCCAUCCUGCGCUCCGAUCUACUGGAUGGCCAGCGGAUCCAUGAAGACAAGGUGAGUGCUCUGGAGAAGCAGUUGGCUGAGGCCCAGUCCCAGGUGGAGGAGGCCCAGAGAGGGAGAGACGGAUCUCUCCAGCAGGCAGAGGAGCUGGACUCUCAGCUCUGCCAGCUCACGUCAGAGCUCCGGCAGGUCCGUGAGGAGUUGGCCCUUGAGAAGGAGGAGACCAAACAGCUGCUGGAGCGGGACACGGGCCACAGUGUGACCAGCGACGGGCUGCGCAGGGAGCUGGAGGAGCGACGCCUGGGGGUGCAGCAGCUGGAGGUUCUGGUGGGAUCUCUCAAAGAUGACUGCCAGGCACAGAUGGAGGCUCAGUUGUUGGGCGAGAAGCAUCAAUCGGAGCAGCAGGAGGAGCUGGCUGUGCUGCGAGGGGAGCUGAAACUGACCACAGACCAGCUAAACAGGGCCAGGGACGAGGAGCUGAGACUGCAGGCCCUACAGGGGGACCGGGAUGAGGCGCUGAAGAGGGUCCAGGCGCUGCUGGAGGAGAGGGACAGGGAGCUGCAGCUGAGGCAACAGGAGGCGCAGCAGGGCCGGGCCAGGCUGGAGGAGGCCCAGGGCCACUGCCAGGCCCUCAGGGCAGAGACUGAGGUGCUGAGGCUCAAGCUGGAGGACCGGGAGAAGAUGGUGAACCUGCUGCGGCUGCAGCUGGAGAGCACCACCCAGAUGACCGUACAGCAUGGACGUAGCAUUGACUCCCUGCAUGACGAGAAGAGCCGCCUCAGCAACCAGCUCAGUGAGCACAAGCUGGAGAUCCAACAGCUAAGGACAGACUUGGAGCAGCGUGAGGAGUGUUUGGCAGUCCUGGAGAAGGAGAGGCGAGUGCAGCAGGCUAGCCUGUCCGAACAGAGCCACUGUGACAAGGAGCUAAAGCUGGAGAAACAGAAGCUCACCGCUGAGCUAGAGAUGCAACGCAUGCAACUGGUCACCCUCACAGAGGAGCAUGAGGAGUUGAAGAGGCUCCACAGCAGUAAGAGUGAGGAGCAGGAGGGUGUGGUGGUGAGUCUCAAAGCCCAGCUGAAGACCACCCGGGCUGAGAUAGACCAGGCCAGGAGGACCCUAGAGGGGGUGGACGGACACGGUCCACACAGACAUCGUGACUUAACAACCAGUCCUGGACCUGACACCAAAAGCCUGAAGGUUGCCAUGGGAAUGCAGAAGCAGAUAAAAACUAAGCGAGACCAGAUUCACUCUCUCCAGGGCCGAAUCCAACUACUGGAGGAAACCAUGGACAAACUGAGCCAGGAAAAGCAUUACCAGAGUCUGGAGAGUAAGCGUCAGGUCCAGGAGCUGGCCUCAGUCACAGAGGAAAAGAGACAGAUGGCAACUGAGUUGGAGACCGUCCGUUCCCUGGAGAGACUGCUCAGGGAGAAAGUGGCCAAACUGGAGGCGACCCUACACAAGAUGUCUGGGAGUGUUAUUGACUGUCAAGACUUCAUCCAGUUGCAAGAGCAGGCGUUUGUGCGGCUGAAGCUGCAGCAUGCUCAGCAGGAGCUGCAGGGUCAAAACCUGCGAGACACAGGGAAUGCUCAGCGUUCUUCCCCUACAAGCCCAACAGCCUGGAAUGCACUAACCUCAACCCAGCACCGCUCUAACUGCCUGCUAGAGUUGAAGUCGCAGCGGCUGCUGGAAAGCCCCACUAUGGAGCUGCGUUCUCUAGUCAAAGAGCUGCGACGUGUGAUUUCUGGGAACCCCGGACCACACACCAGCAUUAUCAAAAGGACGUCUGCUCCAGAGAGAGUGCACAGGACCACCCUCAAUGAAGUCACCGAUUGUUUUACAAACAAUGCCAAAACGACAAAGGGGACCUACAGCAGUGGUGUGCCUCACCUCCUUAGGACAACUGAUCUGGAUGAGCGGAAUUUAAACAGCACCUUCUCAAGCGAGAGCCGGGACUUCUCUUUUGUUGCAUCUCUGCCUUGCUACACAUCGUCACCUCAAGCCAUGGCACUGGGCCACACGUCCCCUGUACACUCACUCCUGACUACUGACCACAGCCCCACGCAUCUACAACCGAGCAGGCCUCUGCCUCAGGCAGGAAGCCCUCUUGCAGACAUGUGCACCUUGGCCAAUCCGCAGGCUGAGUUGACAGGGCGAACAUGCAAGCACUUGCAAGGAAAACUGGACAGCCUUCAAAACAUGGUGGAUGACUUGCAGAUGAAGAACCAAGACAUGUCCUCUAUGAUAAAGGGUCAGGAGAGGAGGUUGAUGUUCAAAGACAAAGGGAGGCUUUAUAACAAGCAAGGCUCUGGGUGAAUGUCUACAUGUGUAACAAAAAUAAACUUGUAUUUAAAUGAAGGCA